AUGGAGCCUAGCCAGGCAAACUUCUGCCACCCCUACCAGCCUUAUUCCAUUCAACUGGAGUUCAUGCAGAGCCUCUAUCGUUGCAUAGAAGAAAAGCAAGUUGGCAUCUUCGAGUCACCAACAGGCACUGGCAAAUCCUUGAGCUUGAUAUGUGGCGCCUUGACCUGGCUGAGAGACCAUGAGCGCCAGUCUCUGCAAGGGUCCGUUGAACCUUCAGAGAAGAGUGAUUGGUUAGCGCAGGCCGAGCACGCUGCUCAACGUCGUGAACUGCUAGUCGCCUGUGAGGAACUCGAACAUAAGCUUGCCAGAGUGCGUGAGGAGGAGGCGCGACGCCGCCGGAGAAGAGAAGCCUCGAAAGGUUCAAAGAAGGUCCGAAUCGGAAAAGAAAAUGCGGGAAAUGCUCUCGCGGAAGAUGAAUUCAUGCUUAACGAUUACGACAGUGAUCGGGAAACCACUUCCCACCUGUCCAUACCUAACGAUGGCUUCUCGAGCGCGACGCAGGCACUUCUGGACAAGUUACAGGCUCCCGCUAAGAAAGAAGUUGAAGAGGGAAAAGAAGACAGGCUCAAAAUCAUCUUCUGCUCACGGACUCAUUCCCAACUCACACAAUUUGUUAACGAAUUGCGUCGCGUGAAGCCUCCCUCGUCGAUCCCAGCCGAUCCGGAGGAGGCUGCUCCUGAAUCUCACAUCGAGGAGGGCGUGAAGCACCUCACACUUGGUUCAAGGAAGAAUCUGUGCAUUAACCCUAAGGUUGAACGCCUCUCCUCAACGACAGCAAUCAAUGAGCAGUGCCUCGAGCUGCAAAAACCUGGCAUACCGAAAGACAAAAAAUGUCCCUUCCUAGGUUCCAAGGACGACAUGGAAAGAGUCGAAGCAUUCCGAGACCGAGUUGUUGCCGACAUCAAGGAUAUCGAGGACAUGGGGAAACUGGGCCGGGAGAUGGAACUUUGUCCAUACUAUGCCUCCAGAUCAGCUAUCACUAUGGCAGAAGUGCUGACGCUACCGUAUCCUCUUCUCCUUCAGAAAUCCGCGCGAGAAGCCCUGGGCGUAUCCGUCAAAGACAACGUGGUCAUCAUAGACGAAGCUCACAAUCUCAUCGAUGCAAUUGCCGCCACUCUGUCUACCUCCUUACGUCUCAGUCAAAUCGAGCAAGCCGUCCAGCAGGUCACCGCCUACGCCAUGCGUUUCAAAGCAAGGCUGAAAGGCAAAAACCGUGUCUAUGUCAUGCAAGUUAUACGUGUGCUGAACUCGAUGACAGAUUGUCUGAGGGCUACAACGUUCAAGCCAUCUUCGCCAGAGACUACCCUAACGGCAGCACAGUUGAUGUCCGGUAAAGGAGUCGAUCAGAUCAAGCCGCACAAGCUGUUACACUAUCUGCAUGAAAGCAAGCUCUGCCACAAGGUCGACGGAUACGCCGAGUCCCAGUCAAAUGAUCAAGAUACCUACAGCAAGGGCGUCUUGAUUCAAUUCCAGAAUUUUCUAGCAGUGUUGAUGAAUCCGGAUGAGGAAGGACGAUUCUUUGCGAGUCGCCACGACAAGGAUGUCAGCGUCCGCUACACCCUGCUCGAUCCGCGUGAGCAUUUUCGAGACGUAGUGGAGAAUGCUCGGGCGGUUAUUCUUGCUGGAGGCACAAUGUCUCCCAUGUCGGACUAUUCGGACUACCUGUUCUCAUACCUCCAAAAGACUCGGCUGUCGACUUUCUCCUUCGGCCACGUCAUUCCUGCCUCGAACUUAUUGGCACAAGCCAUUGUCAAGGGUCCUUCCGAUGUGGAAUUUGAUUUCACUUUCGAUAAACGUGGCUCGGAGAAAAUCAUGGUGGAUCUUGGCAGACUCAUUUUGAAAGCCUGCAAAGUCGUCCGGGAUGGAGUGGUUGUGUUCUUCCCCAGCUAUGAUUACCUCGCCCAAGUUGUCUCUGUCUGGCAACGCUUACCAGCUGAGCAGCCAAUCAUGACGGCUCUAAACAGGGUCAAGCCAAUCUUUCAGGAGUCGAAGUCACUUGGCGUCGACGAAGUCCUGCGAAGCUAUGCGACGGCGAUAGACACCGGGCAGGGAGGAUUAAUGUUGUCGGUCAUGGGUGGUAAGCUCUCUGAAGGCAUCAACUUCUCUGACAAACUGGGCCGAGCGGUAAUAUCAGUAGGCCUACCCUUUCCCAAUGCGAAUGGUGCAGAAUGGAAGGCGAAAUUGCAGCAUAUCGCAGAUGUCAGGUAUCAGCAAUGCAAGAAAGACGGCAAAGGAGAAGCAGAUUGUCAGUCUGCCGCAAAGAGUGCAAGCCGGGAUUAUUACGAGAAUGCAUGUAUGAGAUCCGUAAAUCAGAGCAUUGGGAGAGCAAUACGGCACAGGAAUGACUACGCCGCGAUACUGAUGGUAGACAGGCGCUUCGCGACGGAGAGGAUCCGGCGCAAGCUGCCCGGAUGGAUUCAAGAAAGUAUGGCAGGUGGUGUACCAAGCUGGCUAGAGAUGGAGACCCGCCUCCAGCAAUUCUUUCGUGGGAAGCAAUGA